UAAAACUCUCCAAUUUUUCAACACUCAUCGUAUUUAUGUCAAAUUACAAUCUAUGAUCGAAUUGAAGUGAUUUUCUUCAUUUGGAAUUUGGACUUUUGAUCGCAAAUCAACGGUAUUGUAUUUUAGAAAAGAUAGAAUUCGAAUUGAAUAGAAAAAAAUGGUUCGUGUUUUAGUUGGUGUAAAGCGCGUUAUUGAUUAUGCGGUCAAGAUUCGUGUCAAACCCGAUAAGAGUGGCGUCGUAACAGAGGGUGUUAAACACUCAAUGAAUCCAUUCGAUGAAAUCGCUGUUGAAGAAGCCGUUAAAUUGAAGGAAAAAUCAAUUGCAAAAGAGAUAAUUGCUGUAUCAGUUGGUCCAACACAAUCGCAAGAGGUUAUUCGUACGGCAUUGGCCAUGGGUGCCGAUCGUGGUAUUCACGUUGAAGUGCCAGCCAAAGAGGCCGAACUUCUACAGCCAAUACAUGUAUCGAAAAUUUUGGCAAAAUUAGCACAAGACGAGAAAAUCGAUUUGAUUGUUGUUGGUAAACAAGCAAUUGAUGAUGAUGCCAAUCAAACAGCUCAAAUGACAGCUGCCUACUUGGACUGGCCACAAGGUACAUUCUGCUCAAAGAUUGAAAAAGUCGGCGAAGGUUACAAAAUCGAACGUGAAAUUGACGGCGGAUUAGAAGCAUUGGCCCUAAAAGCACCGGCUGUUUUGAGCGCCGAUUUACGCUUGAAUACACCACGCUAUGCUACUUUACCAAAUAUUAUGAAAGCCAAGAAGAAGCCAAUUAAAAAGGUAACACCAUCAGAAUUGGGAGUCGACACUUCUCCACGUAUUGAGAUUUUAUCCGUCGAAGAGCCACCAGUUCGCCAAGCUGGAAGUGUUGUUCCUGAUGUCGAUACUCUUAUCGCCAAACUGAAAGAAGGCGGUCACGUUAAAUAGACAAGUCAUCGACUUGUGUGUGUAUUGCUGAAUGCAUUUUCAUAGAACAUAUUAAUUUAAAUAAUGCCUUUCAAAGGAUGCCAGUUGCAAAAAUAAAUAAACACAACGUUAUUUUUCCAUUAUA